AUGAAGAUGAUGAUCAAGGUUGGUCCUUGCGGGGAUGAGAUACGCGGCAUAGCCUGGGAUGAGAAAGGCCAAAGCAUGUUAACUCAGAUCUUCAUAUCCUGUGACAAUUCAUGGUUUAGGAGCAUACAGAUUGCAUACAUUUUGAAUGGGAAAUUGCAACUGUCCAAUAAACAUGGUGGAAAUGGAGAAAAACUGGGUUGUGAAAUGUUCAAAACGAUUGAGAUAGAUUAUCUCCCUGAGUUUAUUACUGGUAUUAGUGGUUAUUACGGGACUCGCACCCAAAAUGUUUAUGCAUUGAAGUCUCUUUGUAACCAACCAAAGAAAAUUGAGAUAGAUUAUCACUCGGAGUUUAUUACUGGUAUUACUGGUUCUUACUGUAAUUGCUCCAAAAACGUUUCAGCAUUGAAUUCUUUGACAUUUGAAACAAACAGAAGAAAGUUUGGACCUUUUGGGAAACAGGAAGGUAAAUACUUUUGCAUUCAGAUGGGAACCAACCAACGCUUUGGAGGAUCUCAUGGCAGUUCUGAUUCAUACAAUCUUUAUUCCGUUGAAGUUUAUAUGAAGCCUAUCCAUCCAAUUAAGGAUACCAUGGAAAGACAGUCAUCUAUUACUUACAUGGAAAUUGGUAUUAAACUAGUUACAAUUGGAUAG